AUGACUUUGACAAAGACCUUUCCGCCGCCCAAAGGGCAAACUGUGAUAGGAGUGUCAUUCACUCUCAUCGCAUUCGCAGCUGCGAUCAUUGGCUUCAGGAUUUACCACAGACUGAGGAUUCAGAAAGGAAGGCUUGUUCUCAGCGACUAUUUCAUGAUAUUAGCGUUAUGCGGAGCCAUCACUUGCGCCUCAUUCGAUGUGGUGUUUUGGCAGCGCGAUGUUCUUAGACCGAGAAUGAGUGUUGGAUUCGAAAACUACAAUCCUGGUGAAGAGCUUGUCGAGUUUAUUUACAAGAUUUUCCCUCCAUUUAUGGGAAGACGUCGCAGGGCACUCUGGGCCACCGUUUUCUACUGUGGUCUGGCUUAUACCAUCACUUUGUGCAUGCAGCUUUUCUCUUGUAUGCCACUUGAACGACACUGGGUUAUCAGCCGACCUAUCACCGCAUGCGACUGGAGAUGGCAGGGUGUUGUCUUCCAAGUCUCAUGGGCAUUGGCAUUUUUGGGCAGUCUUCUUGAAUUCUGGAGCGCACUUGAUGUCAACAUUGGCCUCAUCACCGCCUGCCUCCCUGCCCUUCGAAUCCUUCUCGGCCGCACCAGGACACCAGAUACUUACACAUUUGACGAGGCCAAGACUGCUCGCUCUUCUAGGGCAAUGGAACACCGCGAGCUAGAAGAAGUUCAAGAUUCCACAUACCUCGGCAUCAGCAAUACUGCUGGUCCGUCACGCUCCAACAGAGCUUCGAUGUACAGCGACAAGGGUCCACUGAGUCCCAUCAAGAUGCUUGAGCCCAAGCCUGAGCGCAGACCUGAGCGUAAGCCGCCUGGACCUGCAUGGAAGGAUUAUGAAGGAGAGGACAGUGAUCUCGAGCUAGAGAACAUCAACGUUGAGGCCCUCAAUAGAGAUCAGGCUCAAUCGUAUUGGUCGGUUCCUUGAGCUUUCCUUUUGUCAUUUACAUGUAUAUCAACACCAGCGUCGUGCUUUUAUAGAAUAGGGUAUUCACA